GAGCUCAGGAUAGCUCUGAAGUUUGAUGUUAAAGGGCCCGGUGUGCAGAGGCCAUGGGUUUGUCUGCAUCCUCCCCGGCUGCUGCCGAGCAGCCACCAGCUGCAUCCAGGCAAUAUCAGACGGCGUCUCCACCUUCAGAAUGUCCCAUGCAUCAGGAAAAAAUGAGCGGUUGUCCAAUGCACAUGAAGACUGCUGAUCAUAGAACUGAGAACACAGAUGAUGUUCCUGCACAUCAAGAAAGAGCUUAUGAGUUUGUGGCAUGUCCUGUGAAGUCUGGUGCAUCUCAAAUGAAAGAUGACAUAGAUCCCAGCAAUAUGAUGCCUCCUCCCAAUCAGCAGCCAUCCCCAGGUCAACCAUUUCCAUUAUCAACUGUGAGAGAAGAAUCUUCCAUUCCUAGAGCACAUUCUGACAAGAAAUGGGUCUACCCUUCAGAGCAAAUGUUCUGGAAUGCUAUGCUAAGAAAAGGGUGGAGGUGGAAAGAUGAUGACAUAACAAGUGAAGACAUGACCAACAUUAUUAAGAUUCAUAAUCAAAAUAAUGAGCAAGCUUGGAAGGAGAUUUUGAAGUGGGAAGCUCUACAUGCUAUGGAAUGCCCAUGUGGGCCGUCACUGAUGCGGUUUGGAGGCAAAGCAAAGGAGUACUCACCAAGAGCCAGAAUACGUUCAUGGAUGGGGUAUGAGCUACCCUUUGAUCGGCAUGACUGGAUAGUUGACCGCUGUGGGAAGGAGGUGCGCUACGUUAUCGAUUACUACGACGGCGGAGCAGUGGACAAGAACUACCAGUUCACCAUCCUGGACGUGCGCCCUGCGCUGGACUCGCUCUCAGCCGUCUGGGACAGAGUGAAGGUGGCCUGGUGGCGCUGGACUUCCUAACUGCUCCUGUGGUGUGUACUCGAAAAGUAACCACUUUCCUCCUAGACAAUGGAUAUGUGAAUAUCAGGACUUGAGACAGAAGUUUGCUGCAGCUGUCAUUGCUUUCAUCAUCACCACUGUUCUUUGGGGGUGGGAAGGGAGGACAGGCAAAUCUCUGGUUGAGUACACCAGUGCUUUGUGGUGUUUCAAAUGCAAUAAUAAAGUUACAGUGGCAAAAAAAUGUAUCUUAAUUUUCUUAAGUACUGGGAAGCCUUUCUUACUUUGUCUCAGAUUCUGCAUAAGUUCGCCUUCUUUUCAUUUCAUGACUUCAGUACUGCUCCAAAUACAUUAAAAUUCUGAUUCUGACUGGAGUUUUGAGUAUUACUUGAUUAGUGAAAACUGGAAAUUUCUUAAGUUAUUUCACAUAUAAAUAAGGGGUAAAAGAUAUGGACUCUUUCAAGUUACACAUUUUAUUUACACUGUAAAACCAUGUAUUUGUUUUCACAUGGACAUUUUACCUAUUCAAAUACAUCCUCAGAAAAUUUCAGUUAAUCAGUUAAAGGAGGUGUAGCUUGCUAUGAGUAUUUUGAAGGUAUGUUGUGUAGAAAAGGAGAAUAUACUCAUGCCUUAAUCUGCAAUUUUUCUUGAACAGAAGAACGUCUUUUAGAAGCAGGUAAUGAGUAUUACUUCUAAAACAGCAUUUCUAAAGGGACAUAAAAUUGAUAUUUAAUGGCUAUUUAUUUGAAUAUUUAAAAGGUGGUUUUUUGAUGUAAGAAAAUGGAUUAUUUUAGUAUUUUCAUGUCCAUAAUAUGUAUCAUAUAAUGAAUUCAGGACAGAGCUAAGCCUUAUUUAGAGAACCUCCUGCAGUGCACCUGUAUUUGGCAUCUUGGCUGCAUCAAUAUUUAUUACAGCAUGUUUUUUUAUAUAAUAAGGAAUUGCACAAGAGGGUGUGACUACACAGUCACACUUGUGAGUACAGUGAGUUGUAUUACAGGUGUGUACAUAACAGGGCUAAAAAAAGUAUCAAAAGUGCUAAGGGAGAAGUUUGAUUGGAGUGUUUUCUAAGAGCGACGCAUGGUGGAAAGAAUUGAUUAUUGUUUGUGCUUAGUAAGGGAAACUAAUUUAAGCCUUCCACUGUAAUAGAUACAAGUUUGCACGACUCAGUAAGUUUCAGGUGCUGUGCAAAACACUUGGGAAAGGAGUUAGAGAACAGCACAUUGUAGCUUCUCAAAUGGGGAAGCUGCCUUCUUGAAACUCCCCAACCUUAACAGGAAACUACCUGUACAUUUCAUUUUCUGAAAGUGGCCUAUUUUCAACUGACAUUGGAACCUUUUUCCCUUUCCUUUUUUUUUUUUUUUUUUUUCUUCUUUCUUUUUUCUUUUUCCUCCUUGAUGUGAAGCUCCUCUUAAUGUUUCAGGAAAAUCAUUUCCCAUCUAGGGAAAAAAUUGGGAAGCUUUCCUUCUUUAGAAUUCUAAUGAUCAUGAAUAGUUCCCACUUCAGAGACAACUUGUGCAUGGUAGGAAUAAAUAUUAUCCAGAAUGCUAUGAGGAAAACCAUGUUCUUACCAAUAUCCACUUUCUCAUUCCUUUUUCACCUUUUCAGUGAUUCAGACAUAUAUAUAUAUAUAUAUGAUAAACGGGGAAGAAAAAUGUUUCAUCUAAACAGGCAAUAUGUGGAGGAGAUAAAUGAAAAGUGAGUUUGUAUAAAGCAUAUCUGACUCAUGAAGAAACUUCUCUCUUCUAACAGUAAAGAUUGAGUACUGUUUUGGGGUGGUAGGUUGUUUUUGUUUGGGAUUUUUUUGUAGUUGUUGGUUUAUGCAUUUGACAACUUGCUACACUGAGGAGUCUCUAUUUCUUGUAACAAAAUAUGGAAAGGCUACACCACUGUAGGGACUAGAAGCUUCAAAAGCAUCAGUUUGCUUUGUUGAUUUCAGCAGUGUGAUGUUGAGAGCAUGGAAAUUGUAAUCACUGCUAAAUCUGGGGAAACUAUCACAAGCCACUUCAUGUGUUUACUAUCUCCUGUUACCUUCCAUCUUCCAUAGAUUCAAAAUUGUUCUUUUCUGUGCUACUGUUGAUGAAAUGUACUACUUUGUCAUCAAACUAAAAGGAGAAUCAAAUAAAUAUACUUUUCUUAACUUU